UAUUUCACUGGCGCCGAAGCUCCCACCUAUUCUACACCCCAUAUGUCUUUUCACAAUGUCAAACUAGAGUCAAGCUCAACAGGGUCUUCUUUCCCCGCUGAUUCUGCCAAGCCCGUUCCCUUGGCUGUGGUUUCGCUAGAUAGUAGAUAG